GAUCACAUGAUUUUAUUUAGUCUCGGUUGCACUCUGGCAAACAUCACUAAUCAAAACGACCAUUCUUCCUCAAUUACAAAGACUUAGACACGACACGUUUAGCUUUCAAUAUUAAGCCUAAGAAUAAAUAUUAUAACAAUCUUCCGAACUGUGUAACAUUCCUGAGAAAAUGCUAUUCUUAAAGACUAAAAGUAAUCUAUUAAACUCAAUUUAAGUUGCCAUGUUUCUGGCGUCAUGUGUAAGUUUUGGAGUCGUUCAUCAUACGAUGGCAUCACCUCCCUUGGUAAAUAAUUUUCAUGCCUAUGAUGAGUACACCGGCAAAGGCCAAAAGAUAGAAAAUGCCAGCCCAAACUUUGUUAUUUUGUUAAUGGACGAUAUGGGCUGGGGAGAUCUUGGUGUUUUUGGAGAACCAAACAAAGAAACACCAAACCUGGACAGAAUGGCUGCUGAAGGAAUGCUUUUCCCAGAUUUUUAUUCUGCAAAUCCCCUGUGUUCACCAUCCAGAGCAGCCCUUUUGAGUGGUCGCCUGCCAAUCAGAAAUGGAUUUUACACAAACAACCUCCCAGCUCGUAAUGCAUACACACCCCAAGAUAUUGUGGGAGGAAUACCAGAUUAUGAGAUACUUUUGCCUGAGCUACUGCAUCAGAAAGGCUAUCACAACAAAAUAAUUGGAAAAUGGCAUUUAGGUCACCAGCCUCACUAUCAUCCACUGAAACAUGGCUUUGAUGAGUGGUUUGGCUCCCCAAACUGUCAUUUUGGACCUUACAAUGACAAGGCAAUUCCAAAUAUUCCAGUUUAUAAAGAUGCCUUUAUGGUUGGCAGGUAUUUUGAAGAUUUUAUAAUUAAUACACAGACGGGUGAAUCUAACUUGACCCAGAUGUAUAUUAAGGAAGCCAAAGAUUUUAUAGAGAAAGAAUCCAAAACUGGGAAUCCUUUUUUCUUGUACUGGGCGGUGGAUGCAACUCAUGAGCCACUCUAUGCAUCGUCAGCAUUCCGUGGAACCUCGAGGAGGGGCUUAUAUGGAGAUGCAGUAAGAGAAUUAGACUUUGGAGUUGGUCAGAUUUUACAGUCACUUGUUGACACAGGAGUUGCCAAUAAUACUUUGGUGUUCUUCACCUCAGACAAUGGGGCAGCCACAUAUGCUAAAACUAGCGGUGGAAGCAAUGGGUCAUUUCUGUGUGGUAAACAAACCACAUUUGAGGGAGGUUCAAGGGAGCCAGCUAUUGCCUGGUGGCCAAACAAAAUCAAAUCUGGCCAGGUGUCUCACCAGGUAGGUAGCUUGAUGGACUUUUUCAGCACCUUUUUAGACCUGGCUGGCAUCCCUGCACCUAGUGACCGACCCAUCGAUGGCAUAAGCCUGACAUCAACUUUGUUGAACGGCAAAACUACACAAAGACCAAUAUUUUAUUACCGAGGUGACCACUUGAUGGCCGUCCGACUUGGCCAAUACAAAGCACAUCUGUGGACAUGGUCUAACAGUUGGCAGGAGUUUAAAAAUGGAACAGGUGUAGACUUCUGUCCUGGUCAGGAAAUCAAUGGCUUGACCACCCAUGACCAGGUCAAUCACACAGCGCAGCCAUUGUUGUUUGACCUUGGAGCUGACCCAGGAGAGAAAUACAUUAUUCGACCAGGGUCCCAGGUUUACAAAACUCAAAUCCCACUUCUUAUGAAGGCUGUAGAUGAUCACUUAGCCCAUUUGACCCCUGGUGUUCCACAGCUAAACAUGUGUGAUAAUGCAGUAAUGAACUGGGCCCCUCCUGGAUGUGAAAAACUGGGGCGAUGUCUCCCUGUCCCCAAGUCCAAUCCCACCAAAUGUGUUUGGGAACACUGAUCUAUGACCUUUAGUUCAUUCACAAAGGAGUUCUACAUCUGAUGACAUUUACACUACUGGCUCAUGUCAGUUGUAUUUUUGAGAUAUUCUUCAGUUACUUGCUUUUGUGCCUUAAUAAGAUUUUUGUUGCAAAACAAAAUAUUUUUCUUAGGUAUGUGGCUACAUCUACAUUCUGCCAGAAAAAAAUAUAAUCACUAAUUCUUUAGAUCUAGAUCUACUUCCUUAUUUUAAUAAUGCUUAAUUAAUAAUUGCAAUUUUUUUUAAAUAUUGAAUAUUUUUAUGAAGAAUAGACAAACAUGCUUUUUUUACACAGAGGCGUCGCGAGGUGGGGGCGGGGAAUGCAGACGGCACUGGGUGUUACCAUUUAGGGGUGGGGGUUACACAAAGUAAAAAAAAAUUGCAUGACAUUUAGAAUAAAUGUUUUUUGCCAGUUCAAUGAAUAGUUAACUAGAGUUUAAAAAAUAUUUGACAUCAUACAUAAUGACGAUUGGGACAACAUGGGGGGCAGGGGGGGGUGACGACGAUGACACAUCAUGACGUAAAUAUGCUAACAAUGGUACACCCAGUUGUAUUAACAACUGACUGUAAAUAAACAUCAUUAGUAUUAAAUGUUAACACUUUUAAGCUUU